ACCUCAAAAAUAGAUUAUUCAGGUGAUCAUUAAUGCGCAAGAGAUCAGCUGUUAUUUCGUCAUUUGAAAGUUUAGAAAUAAGCUCGACCAAGCGCUCUUGCAUCAGUCUUAAUGUGGUAUUUAACUCCUAAAAUACAUAACAAAUUUUAUUUUAUUAAAAAAUAACAAAAAAAAGUUUGUAAGUAGAUAUAAGUACAUAUACUACAAUAUGUACUGAAAGAAUAAUAUUGGAUCAAAUAUAAUAAAAAAAUGAUCUAUAUAGUUAGUUACUUGAAAAAGUUCAAGGUCAGAUGGAUGUUCAUUGCCUGGAGUCAUUUCAUUUAUCAUUUCUCCAAAAACUGUCAUAUUCGUCUGAAGAAUGUCCAGAUCAGACCUCAAUUUCGCCAUCUGUUCAGCAGUGAGUGACACCGGACCAGAAUCACCCCCUCCAGCAGGAGGUGUGACAGCAACGCUGUUUGAACCAUCGAGGCUCUCCUUCACAGACUAGAAAGAAUAAAAAUCCAUAAUAUAAAUUACAUUCAAUUAAUCUUUUGUUUUAGAUCUCGUGUGGUCAGAGCUACAACUUUUGCAAACUGAGGGUAUUAACUGAUAAAGGUCCUAUUAGGUUAGGUAUAUACUACAAAAAGUCCUCCAUUAUUUAUGAUUCAUAAGUGUUAUUAAUAAUUUUCUAAAAUAGAUAAAUCAUCCACAAUCUAUUUAUACAAUGUAUAUGAAAUAUGAAUUCCUUAGGAUGAUAUUAAUGUAACCUAAUUUUAUUAAUUAAUUUCAAAAUACUACUAUCAUCAUUAUUUUACAGUAAUAAUUGUAUAAUAUCAUCAGUUUAUUGCAAAAAGUCAUGAAGUGCUUGAUAUAGGUUAACUUUCAAAUAUGUUUUUGUGAAUUUUUAUUUUAUUUAUAGUUUCAAAAACACCAUAAUUGCAUGAAAAUGACACACGAUCUUUUAUUUAUCACAUAUAAUUACACUAACAGUACAAUUUUCUGAUUCCAUAAAGGAAAAAUUCAUUAAAUUUCUUAAUUAUUUGAAGUUAUAAACCAUUGUUUUUCCACCUUUGUUGUUUUAACUUUUCCAAUUUUCAUGCCCCUAAUAUUUGCGCCAAUUAUUCUAUAUAUCUUUUUUAAAAUUAAAAUAAUAACUACAUUUUCUAUAAAUCAUUCUUUUUAACUAUGAUGAAGACGUACAACAUGAAUCACAAAGUAGGGAUUGAAUAAACAGCAAUUUUUUGAUGUUUUAUUCAGAACGACGACUUUUGGCCCUUGUUUUCAGAUCAUCUCUUGAUUUAUCACCCGGUCAACUAAAAUUUGUUUGUAGAGAAAGAAAUCAUUGAUAUGUACAUAUCCCAAAAUCAAUUUAAUAAGAUUAAAAAUACUGAAUUAAACAAAAUAUUAAUUCUUAUAUAAUAUUAACCAAUUGAUAAAAUUUGAAAUAAUAUUCAGUUUAAGAAUGACAAUUUUUUAAAAACUAUUUUCUACCUGAAAAGCGGCAUUUACAGCUGCAGUAGCAGUAUUCCAACCUUUUGUAACUUCUUCUUUUAAAUUUUCUAGGAAAGACAUCUUUAGCACUACAUCAAAUGAUAAGCAAUUUAAAAUUUCUACAGAUAAAGGAAUCUAAAAUAUUUAAAUGAAUCACUGAACACGGUUACCAAUUUAACAAACACAAUUUGCCCGAAUAUAAAGGUUAGAAAAUUCCUGUUUUACAACAUGUUACUCAACUAUUUCAAAAAAAAAACAAAAAAAAAAACGAGAGGAUAUUUUUGAAAGGAACUCUGGCUGAGACAGCUUGAGCUAUUUUUAACCGAGUACACCGCCCAAUGGAAAGUUAUUUAUCUGGCUUUAGUUCAAUCUAGAACCUGUCAGGUUCAGUUUGCUUUUUGAUAUAACACAAUGGUCGUGAUAAAAAUGAAGUACAUUAUUGUUCCUAGUCACUCUUCACAAAAAAUAAAAACAUCUUUUUCAAAAAAUUCCACCAUGCUAGCCCUAAAAUACAUGUUCAGGUCAAACAAAUAAGUACAGACUAAGGUAACAUCAAGAGGGUAUAUUUUUUGUGUUGAUAUGGCUAAGUGGUCUACAGCUAAAAAGAGAAAAUGAAACAGUCUGCUGACUCAAUACCAAAAUGCUAUAAUUCAAAGAUCUGAACAAAGAAUCUUGAAACAAAGUUUACAUACUUAAAAUUGACCACCUUUGGAUGUUAAAAAAUUUGCAAAUUCUCUCUUUGGCACAUAACAGUAUAGAAACUAUGGAAAAUUUGGAAGAAUUAGUCAAUCUGGUACAACUUGAUUUAUCGUUUAACAAAAUCGAGCGAAUAGAAAAUCUUUGGGGAUUGAAAAAUAUCAAAGUUCUUUGCCUCUACAACAACAAGAUUAAGAGAAUCGAACAACUUGACGAUCAAACAAAUAUUGAGAUUUUCAGUAUUGGUAAUAAUUUGAUUGAGGACAGAGAUUGCAUACUUUAUUUAAGACGUUUCAAGAAACUCGUAUCAAUCAAUAUGGCCAACAACCCCUGUACCAAGAAAGAAUUCUUCAAAGAGACGCUAGCGGCCUAUUUGCCAAAACUUCUUUACUACGAGUAUAAGUUGAUAACUCAAGAGGAGAGAGAAAUAGGUUUGAAAUACAACGCGGAAGAGCUUGAAUCUUUGGAAAUGGAAGAAGCGAAGGAACAAAAAGAAGAAGAACAACGAAAAUUGAGGAAAGAAAAUGAAGACUACUUCGCGAACGCCUUCAUAGAAGGGUUGGGUACGAACCAGCUCUACAACCAGAUGUUCUUCAAUGACAUAGAAGGGAAAGCCUUCAAAGACAUCGGCCCCCACGUCAUCGAAACCUACGACAGGUUGAGGACCUCAGUGAACGAGAUAUGUAUGGACAUAUGUAAGGCGGGGGAAGACAAUUAUAAACGCCGUUUAAAAGAAGUAGACAUUUUUGCGAAUUCCUGGGAAGGAAACCAAAAGACUGCCGAACAAUUAUCAUUUCACCAACAGGUAGAAUUACUUCGCAAGUGGAAGCAUCUCGUUUUAGAGAUGGCUAAGUUUCUGAAAGCGAACGCUCAAUUCCUGAGGUCGAAUGAUGAACAAGUAGUUCAUAGAACACUGAAAGAGUUCGAUGCCAUUCUGGCCGCGGCGAAGGAGCAGUUCGAAACUGAAUGGUACAAGCUCAUGGAAGUGGAAAUGAAAACAUAUGAUAAAAACGAGACUGUGAUCAAUUUAUAUGAAGGUGGACUGUUUGAUAUAAUAAAUGGAUUCAUAGAAAAAUGUCAAACCUACUUCACACAGCUGAGGGAUUCAGAAACGGACUUUAUAGAGGACAUGACAGUUAAAUUAAAUAAAUAUAUGGUUGAAGUAUACCAGAGGUCUGAUACAAAGAACAUUCCGAUGUUACUGCGAAACAUUGUUUGCGACAAAGAUGCGCUGAGCAACGCUAUCAUAGCCUGCCACGAUAGACAUACCCUCGCCAUAGACAUGAAGGAAGACUACAUAGUGUCCAAGUUGAGGAAUUGGCAUACGCAUGAAACAGGACAUCUUCAGAGAAGUGAAAUCCUAAGAAAUAGAAAGGCUGUUCUGAAGAUAAGAGAUUCCGUUGACAAAGCAUACAGACUGUAUCAGAAAAAGGCAAUGGUAAUGUUGAACUAUUUCAGAAUUCCUGAGCCAUUAUUCCUAAAAAAGAAAAAGAAAAGAAGAAUGAUAAAACUGUCUGAUGAAUCCGAGAGCACAUCAGGGAGUGAACAAUCUGAUUGGUCAUGGAAGUCUGAAGAUAUAAGCGAUGAAAAAGAUCUCCCCAAAAUAAUAUCAGAAACUGAUUUUAAAGAAGAUGUCGAUUGGACUAAAAUGUUAGAAUCAUUCAUGGAGGAACCUGAGACUAGAAGAUAUGGUGCGGAUAUGAAAAAGAUAACUGAAGAAGAGGAGGAGGAGGAGGAAGAAGAAGAAGAAGAAGAAGAGGAUGAUCUAGAUAUUAUUGCCUUAAAGGAUGCACAUUCAGAUCAUCAUGACGAUGAAGGGAAGUAGGAUGCGAUGUGAUUGCAGAAGUGUCUUGCUCAUACCUGAUAAUCAGUAUCAAUUAUGAUUGAUAAAUUCCAAUAUUUCUGGUUCUAUUACAAAGAAUAAAACAACGUAUGUUAGACAGUGCUUUAUCAGUUUCUUCAAUAUUAUAUGAGUAAAAAUAUCUUUUAAUGUGUCUGAGGAAUCACAUAUCGUAUAAGUUGCUAUUAUAUUAUAUUCGUUUGUAUUGUUAUGAAAUCAUAUCCCCUCCUAAAAAAUAAAAAAAGGCCAUUACAGUAGUUUUAUCCAGUAUAAACAUUUUCUUAUAUUAUUAGAAAAUGUAAUGAAAAUGAAAUAUAUAAAACUUCGUUAGAAAAUGUAUUUAAAAACAUACUUCUAAGGUAUGAUAAAAAUAUAUACGGGUGAUUAUAAUAAUCAAAUGUUGUCGUUUUUCUGAUUUGAAUUUCUGAUCUUUUUAAAAAAUGAUUUUCUCAUGAGUGUCUAGUGCAGUUAAGUCCCUUAAAUGCAGCACAGAACUGAUUUUGGCACAAUAUAUAAUAAAAUUUUUGCAGCAUGUAAGUAAAUUACCAACUAUUCAGAGUGACAUUAAACAUAAAUUAAGAUUUAGGAGGGAAGCAAAAAAAUCUAUAAUCCAAAGUUUCAAAGUGAAAAAAUUCUUAAUGCAAAUGAUAAUACAUAUUAGACUCUAAAUGGUGGAAUUACAAUUUACAGGAAUUAGCUUCUUAAUGGAAUUAUGUAUAUGAAACAUAAAAAUGGUCUGAGAUAGGAAAAAGUAAACCAGUUCUAAAACAGAAGAAAAUAAGUAUAACUUUUUUUAUCAUGCAUGGUGUACUGAUAAUUAAUAUAAAAACCACAUCAGGAUGAAUAUCAAAUUAGAUAUCAUCGCUUAUAACUCAAAUACAAUUUGCUUUAAUAGUGCACUUAAUGGUAGUUAAAUAAAUUUAAACUCCUCUAUACACUUGAAAAUAAUCCUAAAAUUUAAUAAACCAAUUGGUAUGAUUGAUCUUGGUGUAAUAAUAAUUUAAUUUACUUAUUGUUUUGAUAGCAUAUUAAAAAAAUAAAUUCUGUAUUAUUUUUUAAGUACUAUAGAAGUUUUUUAAUAUUAUAAAGAUGGUUUAAAAGUUAAAUAAAAUAUUUUAAAACAAAAUACUUUCCAAUUACCCGGAGCAAGAGCUUAUAGUUUCAGAGAUAUUAGGGUCAGCACAUAGUUCCAAAUGUCAGAAUUUGAUUAAUGUCAAGUGUAUAAUUUUUUUCAAACUGAGUGCACCUAGGAAAUGAUUUUUGAACAACUCGAUGUUUUGCAAGGAUCUGACACAUUAAAGGCAUAAGCUAGUAGAUGAAACAACUAACUAAAUUUUAAAAUAACUAAAAAUGAAGGAAAUAAAUAGCAAACAAAUUUUUAAACAAAAUGGAUAUAUUUUUACAUCAUUCUGGAAAAAAAAAAUGCUAACAAUCAAAACAAAACAAGUUCUAAUACACAUUACUUAUACAGGAAGAUAGCCCAGUUUAAAGUUAAUAAUAAAAUAUUGACAAUUAUUUCAUAAACAUUACUAUUACUUAAGAAAUACUGUCACAUUUCGACCAGAGAAUGAAUAUUUUUAUAGAGAAUUGGUGUCAAAUAGGUGAAAAGAGGAAGGCAGUCCCUUCCUCAAAUACCCUAAUAGCUAAGAGGUAGAUACCAAAUGACAUCCUCAUUAUGAGUUAUCAAAAUAAAAACAAAUCAACAACAAAAUAAAAUCUAACAUAUUAAUGCUAUUGACCAAAGGGGGUAAAGACAUGCCAAUUUCUUUUACUUCCACUCACAAUCAGUUACAAUUUCACAAGUCAUCGUUAAAAAUGAAGAGAAAUAUACUAUUAAUUAACCUUAGGAGUUUUAACUGACCUUAAAGAUUAAAGAAAAACUGGCAUAGCCCAUCCCAUUCAUUGUUUUGUUAAAAAACAAUUACAGAAGAUCAACAACACUUUUAAUAAUGUAUAUUUGGAAAUGGACCUUAUUUCAAAACCCUUAAAUUUUAAAACAAAAUAAUAUUAACAAUAACAAAAAAGAUAUUCUACCAAUCACAUAAAACUUAAUGUAUUUAAUUAUCACAGUGCAAUAUAAAGCUCACAUAAAAUGCAAAAACUUGUGAUACAAUGAAGUGAUGCUGAAAAUAGUGUGCAUGAAAAUGUUGAAUUAUGUUGAUCCUUUAAAAACAGUGUUAUAAUAACACAUGAAUUCACUUUUUAACAAAUAAUAUUAAAAUAUGCAACAUUUAAAAAUAAUUAAGCAAUUAGUAACUUAAAAAAUUGUCAAAUAAAAUUAAUUUUGCACAAUGAACCAUUAAUUAAUCAAUUUAAUUUCAUUGAUUCGUUUAAAAAUAUGGUUAUGAUAGAUUCAUAACAUAAAAAUUACCUCAUUAAAUUAACUUUUCUUCCUUCUGUAAGAGUAACAAUUGUUGAAUGCUAAUGAUAGACGAUAAAAAUAAGCAUUAUUUCUUUAUUCAUCAUGAAACAGUAAUAUGAAUAAUUUCCAUCUAUAUACAAACAAAUAAACAAUCAACCUCUAUCAAUAAAACUAUUAAAAGUUUACAUAAAAAGAUAAAAACAUGUCUAAAUUAUUUUUAAAAAUAUUUCUACAUUCUCUUUUUGAAUUCAGAAGACUGUUUUAUUUUUUUUCAAGAUAAAAACAAACUAUAUUUUUUGUAAUCAGAGAACAUUCAAUGUUUCUUAGGCCAGAUGCACAUUAAGAAUCAAAGUAGGACAGUUCUCCAGUUUCAGUUGUGACUGGUGGUACAGAUGCCACAUGAGGCUCAAUGCUGACUCUAAGGUUCACACUGUCUUCUCCUACAAUAGAAGCUACAGACACUGUUACGGAGAGUGCUGCCCUGCUCGCCAUCUCAUUGUGCUCCCGGCCAUAUCUUGAAAUAAUAAAGACAUAAUUCUAAACAUAAACUCCAUGAAGAUAUUUCCCGAAAUUCCUGCUAAGAACCUCUAACAAAGAUAGCACAGCUAAUAUUUACAUAUAUUCUGUAAGUUAUCAUUGUCAAACCUGUGUUAUAAACUACAGACAGAAACAGAAUACUCGGGAAAUAAUGAAAAUUACUUUAGAAAAUCUCAAUAUCAUUGAAAUAAUAUUUUGUAUAUAAAUUUGUACAAAUAUUGUAUGAUACAUAUAGAGCUACAUUUAUAUAUUUACAUAAAUAUAAGUUAUGUAUUUUAUCUGCAAUGGAAAAGACAAAUUAUUUUAAGUUGGCCAUUAUUCUAAGAAAAAAAAACUGGCAGCAUUUCUUCAAAAUGCUAGCUUAAAACAAUUUCUAUAAUUUUUACAAACCAUUUUAUAUUGGCUCCAUUCUGUUAAUCAUAAUAAUUAAACUAACAUAUACUUCAUGUAAUUUGUGCAUAAACAAAUUUACAAAAUAGUUUUUAGGACUUUUUUCACUUUUCAUUGAAAGCUUUAUAUGAGAAAACGUUUAACAUAAUAACUAUUAUGAACUCCCUUUAAAGCAUUGUUUAAUCACAAUCAGUAGUGUUCCUUUAUAAUCAGUUGAUAUUUACAGAUAUUUUUGAACAAGAAAUAAGAAUAUUAUUCCUAAAAAAUAAUUAUUAUUUCAAUCCAUCAUCUAUUAUGAAAGUGCCUUUUUUUUCAAACUAUAAUAAACAAUCACUUCAUAAGUUUUAGAAAGUAUGCGUAAUGAUUAAUAAGAAAUUGAAAUCAGUAUAACAUACUCUGUUUGAAAAUUUUCAUAUUAUUCCUGUACACCGAUCUAAUUUUAGGAAAAUUAUAGGAACCCAAUAAUAGUUUAAUUUAAGUAGUUCUAUUCAAAUUAUUAGAUAUAAGACACUUAAAAUAAUGAGUGCAUACUUACAUUAAUAAUCCUACUAUAUAUGCUGCAAAUAGACCUCUUUCAACAAAAAGCAAAGCUUGACUACAGAUAAUUACAAGCAUACAAUUAACAAACUAAAGUAAAUGUACCCCAUAUCAUACAUCUUCAACACGAAUAACAGGUCCAACAAAAAUUGUUUAAUGCGACUUUAAAAUCUGUAUGAUUUCUUUAAUCCAUAAAUUAAAAAAAAAAUAAACAACUGUUAAUUAAUUUUCAAAGUACUUUUUUCUUCAUUAAUUAAUUAAUUUUUCAAGUACUUUUACGUUUACUCAAGUAAACAAUAUCUUAUUUUAAAUAUAUCCAGUAUUAUAUUAUAUGAAGCGAAUACAUUUGUUCUAAAUAAUGACCAUGCUGAUAUAUUCUUAAUAAUUUAUAUGGUUUGUUUACAUAGUUUCAAAUUGUAAGUCAAUUGAGCUGAAGAUGGCACUAAAUUAAUCUAUAAAGAUCUAGAAAUUAAAUUUAAAUUAUUGUUAUCAAAAGAAUUAUUGAACCAAGAAAAUGUGUAAUUGGGUAAAGGGUCAGAUUUUACAAUGUAAACUUCUACAAUAAAAGUCAUUGCAAACAAUUUUAAGUUACAGAUUAUUCUUUUUUAAGUUGGGUCCAACCAGUCCCGAUUUUUAACUUAAACAUUAUUUUAUUGUUAGUGUUUUAUUUAAUUUAUUCAAAAAGUUCUUGUCAUACUUAUACUUAGUUACUUUAAAUCCAGAGUAAUCAUUUUAGAUAUACAAAAUAGAUUUUCAUUAACCCAGAGGAAGGAUAAUUGUGUAUAAGUAAUUUAAAUGUUUUCAAUAAUUUAUAUUAUCUACUUUCCAGCUCUGCGUAACUUACAAAAGAAAGUUUCAGAUCAGUUCAAUUUUUUUCGUAUUAAAUGAAUCCUGCACUUAAUACUCAUAAAAAGUAAUCCAGCAGUAUAUUAUAUUGUCUGCUGAAGUAAAACACUGUGAUUUAAAAUAAACUAUUAUUUACUCAAUGAAGAAUUAAAAUUUAUUAUUUUAAAACUUUCAAUUAACACAAAAUCAGUUAAAGUAUGUACAAAUAUAAUGAUGUACAAAGACAUCUCAUAAAAUCAUGCAAGUUGUAGUGACAAAAUGUCCUUAACAUCACUUAAAAUUAUUAAACAAUAAUUAUAUUAAUUAUAUCAUUAUAAUAAUAAGUUGACUUACCACUCAACUUCUUUCACUAUUCUAGUUAAUUUUAAUACAGAUCAAAUAGAUAUAAGUUUUAACACUGAUUUUGUUCCUUAGGCUUAAGCAAGCUAGGAAGGUAACCUGCAGUCUCUUCACCUUACAUAAAAUAUCUUCAUUUCCCUAAACAGACAUUACACAAGGAAAGCUUUUAUAUAUGAAAGAGACAUUUAAUACAGUUACCUCAAAGAAAAUAAAUUGAUUUAUAUUAUUUCGAAGAAGUUUAAUUUAAACAUCUAACUGCUCGAUGACUAGGAUUUAUAGACAUUUGAAAUCCAGUGAAAUAAAAUAUUUUUAUUAAACAUAUAAGUAAUUUACUUCAAUACACUCCAGAAGAAAUAAUAAUAAAAUUGAGAUAAAUCAAGGUUAAAAUUGAAAAGAGAAAAUUUUCACUUCUAGGUACAAUAAAAACCAUCUUAGCGGCGUAAAGGGUCAAUUCUUGGGGCACCUCUGGAUUCAGUUUUGGUAUAUCCAUUGCAAUGAUGAGCAAGUGGCAACUUGAAUAAAGAAGCAGAGGUCCCGUCAGGAAAAGCAAGAUUAAGAAGAAAUAUUUAUUUAUGACUCCUAUACUUUUGUGUGUUGAUAAAAACUGGUAAUUACUUCAGGAGGCCUUCUCUAUGUCUAGAGGAAUAUAAAUUAAGCUGCAUAAAUUAUCAUAAAAAACAUUAAUAAAAGCAUCUAAGGUAACAAAGAAUGGUUCAAAAAUAUCAUCUAAAAUUUAACUUAUUCUUCAUAUUCCAAAAGAAAUCAUGGCAAUGUAAAAUAAUUUUAUAUCAAUUCAAUUGAAGAGUUAAUAUAAAACCGAGGAGUCAAACAUUUUCUACUUGGUGCUGUCAUAUGUUGCAUAAAGGCCAAACCUUAGUUUUUCUUCACUAUUAUUAAGUUCAGUCUUACUGGUAACUAAAGCUUCGAUUUCAGCACAAGUCAGGUAAAGUUAUUUUUCAUAGAAAAAAAAUUUAUUAAACCCUCUUGUAAGAAACAAUCAUAAUAGUCCACUAGAAGUAAUAAUUUUAAAUGAUAUAUACGCGUUAGUAGCCUCAAAUAUUAAAGGCAAUCAUUUAUUUAAAAUAAUAAAAUAACAUUUUUUAAUAUUCAUUUAGUAAGAAUAUUUCUAACCUCACUUAAUAAUUAUAUUAUUGACAUUAUUCCAAUGUUGGGACUCCUCUCCUUUCCAAGAAGGUUCUUGUUAUCCUUGAAUAGGUAUCAAGAACUGGACAGUAUGAUUCGUGAAGUAAUGUUAUAUUACUAUAUUUCAUUUCGAUAAUUAUUUGUUUUUACUGUUAUAACAAAAUUCUAUCAAUGUAUUUGUAUCUUAAUAGUAAGUUCUCUUGUUAAUUAAUAAGUGUAGGACGAAAAUUUGUCCUAUUUAUGAAUAAAUAAUAGUUUUUAAUAUUUAAGACUACCGAGACCUAUACCUUUACUUAUACUUUUAAAAUAGUCUCCUUCCUUUUAAUCUUUACAGAGUAAUAUAAUGAUAGAUUUAAUAAAUUCUUCUUCAUGAAGUAUCCUCAACUGCUAUAGAAGUUAGUUUGAUGAAAAUUACUGAAAGUGAGAAGAAUUUUAAUUCUAAGAAACUCUAUCUUCAUUAAAAGAAUUGAGCCUACCAUGAAAUGAAAAUUUAUUUGUCUCCUCCCUAAUACAGAGCAAAAACAUGUACUCCACAUAUGGUUUUUAUAAUUAACCCUACAAUUGAAUUUAGAAUAUGAUUUACGUUGACACACAAGUUAUUGUUCAUUGAUUUGGAUCAACCUAUUAUAAUUAGAUGUUAACUACAGCUUUAAUAAAUUUAUACAAUUGAAACUGAACCUCAACUUUUUUAUCGUGAGGCUGAGAAUGGUUUCAGAUCAAACCCAUUCGGAAAUUUUUUUUAGGGGCCCUUUGAAUUCAACAGUUAUCUCUUUCGUUCCCCAAUCAGUGAUGUUAAAAUGCUACACCAUAGAGAUGGUCUAACCUAGAUGAAAUUAUUAUAAAAUUCACCCGUCAAUAGUGAUUUUAAAAAUAUGAACUCUAACAAAUAGUUGAGAUCAAUGUUGUUAAGAAAGCUGGCUUUCAUAGUGUCUACAAUCGAAGUUUGUUUGAUCUAGAAGAUGGCAUCAAUCCUAUAUAUUUUAUCCUAAAAGAACAAACCAAAACAGUUUGUGUUAGUUCAUUGUGAAUACUUAAGUCAGUCUAACAAGACUGACUACUUAAAUAAUUAAGUGUGUUUCAAACUUUACUAACUAAUAAUCUAGAAUUCUUUAGAAAUUAUCAAAGUAUUAUGCUCAAAAGAAUGUUUUAUUGAUUACAUUCAAACCAAUUAACAUUCAAAGAGUAACACUCGGAAAUCUCUUGUCAUGGUCCGGAAAAUCUUUGCAUAAAGACUUUUUUGUCGCUAAUCUUUUAAAUUUUUCAGGUAAACACUCUAGUUUAAUCCUCCCAGGGUAUGAGUAGUGUAAGCUUCAAGGCGAAUCCCUCCUCAAAGCCAAAUAAAAAACAAAAAAAAAACAUGAGGAAAUAAAAAUAACAACUUUUUAUAAACUUAAAAAAAAUAAUUUUAUUCUUAAACAAAUAAAUAAAAAAAAAGUUUACAUAAAAAUAAACUAAAAAAUAAAUAAAAACAAAAUAUUUAAGUGGAAUGCAAAUAACACAUAAUACGAACACUAUUACUAAUAUGUACACAAUUGGAAAACAAUACGAAAAUAUUAAAUAAAUAUUCCUAAUUUUCUCAAACCCCUUCUCCAUCAUGAAUCAUUACAUAGUCUUUUUUACAGCAUAAUUGGAAUGGGGGAUUGAAAAAUAAUAAAGCUUUUCAAAAAGGGGAUAGAAUUCGUUUUAAUAAUACUUCCAAGCAUGUUAAGCUAUGGAGGGAACACAGUUAUAAACUCUGUUUCAUACCAAGCAAAUAAACCAAAUAAUCAGAAAAAGUGACAUGGAAUAAUUACAAGCCCAUGUCUAUGUAAAAUAGAUUUUAAAAAUCUUUAUGCCUCAAACUGGUUUGGAGACAACAGACAUCGUAAUAAAAAUCAUGAAAAAACUUAACGAACGAGUUAAUAAGAAUUUCCUUCAUAAUAAAAUCCAACAAGUUUUCAUAAUAUAACUUUUCUGAAAAAAAUAAUUUUAAAAACAACAAAGGUAUCAACAAUAUAAUACAUUCUCUACAUAUUAAAAACAUUAACAAAGCAUUAAAAUAAUUAUGUAAGAACUAAUGAUUAUAAUUAUUACGAUUCCGAAUAAAAGUUGAAAACAAUAAUUAAUGAGUUAAAAGGAACAUUUCUUGAAUAGUCCUAUUGAUGGAAGAACAGAAGUUAUAACUGCGGCCUGGUUAAUCCCAGCUACAAUGAGCUAGGAUACUUAGUCUACUCUUGAUUUAGCCCUGGGGGGUUUUGACUGUCAUACGAACUCAAAUCCUGCUUUCUUCGUGCGGCGGUCCUCAAUCAUCCUCUCGAUGAAUUUCUUCACCUCUGACACAAUGAAUACUGUCGAAGUGAGGCAGGUAAGGAACAGCAGGUCUG